UGUAUCAACUUUUUUCAAGCCUACUGAGGAUUUAGUUGUUACAACAAGCCGUCCAGAAACAAGCAGUCGGUUUUCAUGUAUCAGAGAGACCAGCGAAGCAACAAAGCCCCAGUAAAGAAGUGAAGGCAGAAGGGGAAAUGUCUGCUGCAAGACAGACCAGCGAAGCGACGAAGCACCAGUAAAGAAGUGACAGCAGAAGGGGAAAUGUCUGCUGCAAGAAAAGAGCUACAGCAGGUGUUGUGCCGCUAUGUUACACACACCCUCAUCUACAUCGACACUGUAAGAGGAUUCUGUGACAACUUCUCUAAAUGGGGGCUACAUAGGGAGAUAGAAUUAAACUCGUUGACAGAUAUCAAAGAGAGGGUUGACAUCAUCGACCUAAACAUCGACCAUGUUUCUAAGUCAGAGCAAAAAUUUAAGGCCUUGGGUGAAUAUUUGAAGAGCCAGCUGACCCAAGUGACCGCGGACAGCAGGCGUGCAAAGCUGCAGGAGGAGCUGGAGGCCGUGCUCAAGGACACUUUGGUUGGCCUGGCGAAGCUCAAAGACUUCUUUGAAGCAGUGGAGAAGCUGGCGGUCACUUCACUCCAUGUGUUUACGGAGAACCAGGCGCUAUGUCUGCCCAAAGGGAUCACCCUCGAUUGUGUUCAGGUUGUCAUCACUGUGGCACAGCUAAUCUGCCCUCUCCUCCUCGAGUUCAAAAGAGAUGCACAAGUCUUCUUCCUGCCCAGACUUCAGAAUGUGGAAGUGCUCUCGUAUGAGUUGGACAAGUACAUACGGACCACGCAGAAAAUCUGUGAGAUGUUAAGAAAAAGCUCCCUCAGUGACUUUCAUUUGAAAAUGAUGACGGGAACUGUGGUGAACUUUGAUGUGGAUCUGUCUGAAGAUGACAUGCGGAGGAUGCUUGAUCAUAUUAAUCAGCUGGAUGAGAUCAGGAUGAACAAGCACUUCAGGAUGGUGUUUUUGUUUCAAAAUAAAUCGUUUUGUGACUUCAUCAGUGACUUCAGCAAGCGACAGGACAGGAUGCUGGAGUUUCUCAACGACCUGGAGGAGGGGGCUAUUCAGCUCGACAGGAUGAAUAAGGGAGCAAAGAUCUCCAGUGUGGUAGGCAGCUCGGUUGGGGCGACUGGAAGUGUGCUCUCCAUUGUUGGCUUGGCAUUAAUUCCUGUGACGGCAGGUGUGUCUCUCGCUCUGACAAUGACGGGGUUAGGUAUGGGAAUCACCAGCGGAGUCAACAGCCUUGUCACCACCGCCACAGAGAUCGGAGUAAAUAAAACUCAACAGAAAAAAGCCAGAGAGGUUUUCCAGAAGUUCAUGGAGGAUGUGCAGAGUCUCCAGGAAUGUCUGGAUAAGGUGACCAGUCAAACCGACACCAAGAUAGAAGAGAGUAUCAUCACAGUGGCUGUAGGAGUUGGCAAGGGUAUUGGUAAAGUUGGUGUUUUUGCAAAAGGUAUUGAUGCUGCCUUGGAUGCUAAGUCGAUUGCAGGUGUUGGUAAGGUGGUGGCUGAGGAAGGUAAAGCAUUACGUAAUGUGCCCAGGGUGGCCGCAGACAUCCCAGAUAUUGGCCAGGCAGCCGCAAAAGGGCCUCUCGCUCUUACCAAGUCAGCCAGGGGAGGUCUCAUAGCAGUCAAUUCUCUCUUCCUUGGCAUGGAUAUCUUCUUCAUCGUUAAGGACAGCAUCAGUCUGGCAAAAGGCAAUGAGACCGCCUUCUCACAGUGGAUCAGGGCCAGAGGUACUCUGUGGAGCUCAGAGAUGGAUUCAUGGAAGGGGAUCCACGACUCCUUGUGUGAGGGCAGGGAGACGUCAGAGGAAAAAAAAGCUCUUCUGAAGACACCAUUUUAUCCAGACAUGCAA